AUGCCUUCUCGCGAGGAAUCAGAGGAGGAGGAGGUGGUGGAGGUUUCUGCUGCUUCUGCGUCUGCUGCUGCUGCUGCUGCUCACGAAAGCAGAAGAAAGCGGAAACGGCGCCACAGCAGCAGCAGCAGCAGCAGCAGCAGCAGCAGCAGCGACUCAUCAGAGGACGAGAGACGCCGCUUUGCUGCCUUCUCUGUUCUUGUGCUGCUCUUAGUCUCUUCUCUCCUCGCAGCAGCUGCAGCUGCAGCAACAGCAGCAGCAGCAGCAGAUUGUUUCCCUGUGCUUACUUCUGUGUCUCCUGCCCCUUAA